UGGUUACGGUCACAACGGAGAGGGGCUCAUCAAACAAGGAUGACACAUCAAUUGCCUCCAAACAUAUUGAGAUUAUUUCAACCAAGACCGCCAGUAUCAUUCACACCACCUUCACAGCUAAAUCACGAUCCAUUCCAGAAACCAAAACAGACAAUUCGUCCACUGGAAGGAAUUUCGCGAAUACUCGAACAAUUGAAACAAGAAGCAGCCGAUCAAGGUCAAUCAACCGAAGGUGUAGAAGAAGAUGAAGGGAAAGAUGAACAUGGAAAAUCGUUCACAGUGACCGAACAAACAAAGAAAGAGCUCAAACGAGAACAAAGGAGGAAAUUAAUCGAAGAGAGAAAAUCGAAAGGGAUAGCCAACUAUAAUCCAAAAGAAGACCCUGAAGCACAAGGUGAUCCAUUCACAACGCUGUUCAUCUCUAGACUAGACUACACAGUCACAGAGGAAGAUCUCAAGAAAGACUUCGAAAUGUAUGGUCCCAUUCAACGGAUACGAAUCGUACGUGAUAAAGAAGGAAAGUCAAAGGGGUAUGCAUUCAUCGUAUACGAACAAGAACGUGAUAUGCGUGCAGCAUACAAAGAUGCAGAAGGAAUAAAAAUCAAAGGAAAAAGAGCAAUGGUGGAUGUUGAACGUGGAAGGACAGUAAAGGAUUGGAAGCCAAAACGAUUAGGAGGAGGAUUGGGAGGAUUAACGCGAAAGAAGAAAGAACCCGCUCCUGUUGCCGAACCUGCUUUUGCGCCAAGUAUUGUUAGCAGAGGUGGCUUUGGAGGAGGUGGCGGCGGUGGUGGAUUCCGUGGAGGAUUUAGAGGGGGAGGAGGAAGAGGCGGCGGUUUCCGAGGUGGUGGCAGAAUGGGUGGUCCUCCUCCUAGCGGAGGAUAUGGUCCACCACCAGGUGCCGGCUACGGAGGCGGAGGUGGCUAUGGAGCACCUGCAGGAAAUGAUGGAUAUGGUCGUUUUGACGGGCCACCGCCUUUAAAAAGGGGAAGGUAUUAAGUCUUAUGACGAUCUUCUCGCAAAAUUCGUAUACCCCCAGCCUUUUGUGUAUUAACAGUAAUUUCGUUUAAAUUUUUGAUCAUUUCUGAUUUGACAUCUUUUUGUAGAGGUAGCAUACAUUUACAAGGAUGAGAGGAUUGUAAUUCUAU